AAUGCCUGACUGGAACUCGUGUAACGGUCCUUGACGAUAUUCAAAACUGGUUUGACAAGGGCGAAGAGCAGAUAUAUUGGCUUAAUGGCGCCGCAGGAAUGGGAAAAACAGCCAUAGCCCUCUCUGUAGCACAUCGUCUCGUUUCCAAUUGCCAGCUCCUUGUGGCUACGUUCUUUUGCUCUCGAGAAUCUGCGGAUAGAAAAGAUGCGGGUCUAAUAUUCCCUACAAUUGCGUGUCAACUGGCUAGUUUGAAUCGGGGAUUUCAAGACGCGUUGGUCGAAAGUUUGGGCCGUUAUCCCUACGCCGGUUCUGCCCUGCCGCACGAGCAGGUCCAGAGGUUAAUACUGGAGCCUUUACAAAAAGUGGAACCCCCUACUACUGUUGCGCUGGUCAUCGACGCGUUGGACGAGUGCGACGACGAUCGAGCUUCAGAGAAGAUCCUUUUGGCUCUUCUUCAACAUGUACAUUGUAUUCCGUCGCUCAAAAUCUUUGUGAGCUGCCGCCCUGCUGCGUAUGUUGAAGCUCUCCUUUCCUCUGGAGAGCGUCGUCGGAUGUUCAAACUACACUACGUUCCAACUGACGUAGUGGACGGAGAUCUUCGACUCUACUAUCAUCAGCGUCUUGAGGAAAUUCGGAUUACGAAGAAAGUUGAGACCGCUGAUUGGCCACCAGAACAAACUAUCGAGGAGUUGGUUCAACAAGCUGCGGGACUUUUCAUCUUUGCUGUCACUGUGUGCAGAUACGUCGCCUCCCGCGGAGACGCGAAACGGCGACUCGAACAUAUCACCGGUCUCACUAAGGGGGAAUACGACAAUGCUCUCAGCGUUGACAUGUUGUAUACUGAAGUACUUUCGGCAGCAUUGCAGAAAAUUCCAGAUCCCCGCGAUCGCAGAGACUUUGCCCGCGUACUUGCGACUGUGAUGCUCGCUCAAGAGUCUUUGACGAUGAAUGCCUUGGGGCAGCUCCUCCGCAUCGAGACCCCGGUCGUAUGCGAUCUCCUUCGUGAUCUCCAUCCUAUCCUAUCCGUACCAGAUGAAACCGGGGCAUUGCCUGACGACGUAGUACAUACCUUUCACGCGUCUUUCCCGGAAUAUAUGACUGCUCGCAACCGCGUUGGAGAGAAAGUACCGUUGAUUUACAUUGAUCCGUCAAUACAUCAUCUGGAAAUGACUCUUUGCUGUUUACGUUGCAUGAACAGAGAACUGAAACGUAUAAUUCCAUUCGCUGGAAGGUUUUCCUCAGAAGACAAUGCACAGUCCAUCCUUAUUGCCCAAACUUGUAUUUCAAAGGCUCUCCGUUAUGCGACCCUCUAUUGGGCGGACCACUUCUCAUCUGCUUUACCUGAGGGGCUACAGGAACAAGAGCUCCCUCUUCUAGUGAUAGAAGAGUUGCAACAGUUUACAAGUACAAAUCUUUUGUUCUGGUUUGAAUGUAUCUGUUUACUCAAUGCUGCCGAAAGCAUUAUAGAAAUCCUGAUAAAGGGAAAGCAUUCGUUCAUGUCUCUACUCUCGAUCAGUGGUCUUCCCAGCUUUAGGCAUCCAACGCUCGAACUUCUUGAGGACGCAUAUCAUGCAGCAAAUGAAUUCUUCCCGAUACUCCGAAGCGUAUUCGCAGGGCAUAUAUAUCUCUCGUUUCUCAUGCUACUCCCACAAGAGACAUUACUAUAUCGUCGCUACAAACAUCAUUUGCCUCCAGAUUGGAAAGUAACAGGUCAACAUCGCAAGACGUGGAAUUCUCUCAUUCGUUCACUGCAGCUCACUCCAUUCAGUGAUACAGUCACAUUUUCACCGGAUGAGAGGAGAAUUCUCGAGGUGGACAGUUAUGUCUCCGCCGUUACUGUUUUAUCUUCAACUUGGCGUGCAAUCUCAACGAUGUUGCCAGAAUCAUCAGUUUACACUAAAUGGGAUCACGAAAAAAUCCCUGGCGUUGACGCGGCUUUCCCUAGACUUGAUUCUGACAAUCUGCAGCCCGCUAUUACUUCGACGGUAUGGCUCCCCUCGGGGCAAAUAAUAAGCUGUUGCACGAUACUGAGCGACAUUGAAACGCCCUAUCGAAGCUAUUGCUACGUGAGCCUUUGGGAUUCGGAGACUGGCGCCCACUUACGGCUUCUGUACAAGACCAUGGAAAAUACAAAUAUGUUCCUCCCCAUGUUGAAAUCUUCGCCUGAUUUUCGAUAUAUCGGUUAUUCGACCCCAUCUGGGCACAUCCUUUGGGACACGGAGACAUGGGAUAAAAUCAUCUUCUCUCCAACGAGAACCCCGUUCCAUCGUUGUUUCGCUGUGUCAAAUAAUCAUUAUUUGAUCGGGGCUGAAAUACGGAAUAUAGCUCGUGAGAGCCGUAAUCUUUUCACACUAGGCAUCGACCCGCAGCAAGUAAUGUCUUGUGCGUUUUCUUGCGAUGGGCAAACAAUUGCUUUAGGCUUGACAGGUGGUCUAAUCGAAGCAUGGAGGAUUCCUCUUUCCAAAAUGGUUGCGUCUUAUCAACUCGCCCCCGCCGCAGAGAGCCCAGGCCUUUAUCUCUCACUUGCCUCUUCGCCUCGUAGCAACUUCAUUGCGGUCUGUUUUGGUGUAGAAGUCUAUUUGUUACACAUUGCAGAUGAUAGUAUCGUUCCUGCUGGGCACUUCAGGGGCCCUUAUCCCGCUUACUUAAGAGCUGUGUCGUACUCUCCCGGAGGACAAUAUAUUGCUUGUCGUGAUAAUAAUGGGAUGGUCCAUGUUUGGUCUCCAGAAGCGAGCAUUGCUCAAAUGCCCGAAUUCGAAGGUUCUUCGGACUCAUGGCAGUCUAUCCGAAGCUCGUCAUGCUGUUUUAUCGAUGGUCGUUUUUGCAUAUCCGGAACUCACGAUGGGACUUUAUCAAUAUGGGAAUGCGACACUGGCGCUGUCACCCAAAGUUGGGAUGCCCAAAGCAGUGUCAACGCUAUAGCCAUCAGUACUGACGGAAGGUUUAUUGCUUCUUCCGGUUUUGAGGAAGCACGUAUCUGGUCAAUUACAAAGGUGGAUAGCGCUCAACCAUUAUUCAACCUUGAACUUGAAGUGGUCAUUGCAGCACCCGUAGAAGCCGUUGGGUUCAUCCCCAGCACUUGUGCGGUGACAUUUAGUUCAGACUCUACGAUGCUUGCUAUAUCUACUGGCUUCAACGUGGAUAUCUGGAAGCUCGCUGAAUUUAACAACUGGCAGAGAUUCACACAAAUCAGAACGUCGUUGACAAGAUUCAUCCCACAUGAUGAUGUCGCUCUUGCCGAUGAUUUUAUCCGUGGUAAUUCUUCCUCCUUAAGAGCCCUGCGGUUCAGCUAUCAAUGGCUAGCGCAUUCUUACCACAAACUCAGUGUUCAAGUUCCUUCUUACUUUCGGUAUCAGAUAUCUGAAGCUGAGUAUGCAGAAAGCCUGCAACAGUGCCGGGGCGCUUUUGAAUGGUGGAAAUUGCCCAAAUCACAGCUGGAUAUCUUAAGUUUUGCACAUUUCCAGUUGUACUUCAGCCCUGAUACUAAGUAUAUACUUACACCUUCAGGAAUCUACGAGGUCGCCACUGGAAAAGAAGUCGUAAACCACGAAAGAGUUCGGCGACCUUGGGAGGAUAGCAAAUUCGAGGAGUUGGAGGUACAAUUUUUCUGGGAAAAUAACAAACAGCAAUACAAGAGAAAUGGAAUACUCAAAACAUUACAUCCUGUUCACUAUCGCACCGGAUGGAUAGCAGAUAGCGAGGAUAAUUUGUGUUUCUGGAUACCUCAUAGCCAUUACCAUGACACAUGGCCAUGGACUCCGUGGUAUUCAUGCGCAUCUAACGGUGAUCGUUUUGGGUUCAUAUCUCGCGACAAUUCCAACUUGGUGUUUAUCCAUGUUCCAGGAGCCGGGGCUGUAAACUAGAAUCUAAUAGUUACUGCUGCUUUGACCGUUUGCGCGCUUCCAGACAGUAUCUUAUGCAUUUGAUCUCGCAAUUGAUAUAGAAGUGGCUCCUCUUACUCGGAAUCAGAAGCUAGUAGGACAGGAAUUGGGUCCCGAGAGGUCCCGAGUCGGUCAAUAAAUAACCGACAAUGGUGUCAUUGAUAACUAUGUACUGAGCGAACAAUGCCAACCCUGGUGCGCCAGAAGCAAAAGAGGUACUAGUAAGCCCGGAGCCUAUAAUAAUAUCCGACCGACUUGGUUCCACUGCCCACGUUUAGAAAGGCUGCGGCUGAGAAAGCAUGAAAUAUUUCAGAAUUUCAAUAUUUCGCCUCUCUACACGGUCACCUGGUAAUCAUGACAUAAGCUCGGAUAUUGG